UUAAUUCUAUCCUUACCCCCACUUAUCUGGCACCAGCGGAGUGACUGGCGACUACUCCCUGCCCUGACCGCAGAAUCGUCGCGUUGGCCGCCACCUCUCAUCGCCGCUGGGUUCUUGUUCUUUCGCGGAGCUUCUGUGUCGUUGCUAACCACCCCAAGUCUGAACAAUUCAAGAGACGUGGAAAAUGGUGUCUUGGGCUACAUCAAAAUUUUUGUCAAAUCAAUUUAUUCCAAUUUCUGCUGUUGUUACUGCUGCAGCUGCUCCGUGUUCUAGCUGCAGCACCAAUUUCUUGAAAGUAUGUAGUCCAAGAAGCGGAAUGUAUGGUUUAUCUGUUGCUGAAAGCCACUCAAGAGUGAGGGCUUAUGCGGUUAAUUCAAACCAAGCUUCUUCAAUGCAAAUUCGACCAGGAACUUGGGAAGAUCCUGAUAAUGGCAGUGGUAGUGAAUAUGAUGAAGAUGAUGAAGGAGAAGAAAAUGAUUGGGGUCAUGAGAGUGACUGGGAGGAAGAAAUAGAUGCUUCAGCUACAACUAAUGUUGAUAAGUCCACAAUAAAUACGUAUGAGGAGGAUCUUGUGAAAGAGGUUGAACUGCUUUUGGGACCAGAAGAAAGAGCAAUUUUGCAACAGAAUGUGAAACCCAAUCUGGGAAAAAUAUCAACUGCAAAAUGGAGCCCACUUCAUACUCUUGCACUAUCAGGACAGAUUCCUUUCAUGGAUAAGCUACUUGAGAAUGGGCUUGAUAUUGAUACUGUUGAUCAGGAUGGUCUCACUGCUCUUCAUAAGGCAAUUAUUGGCAAAAAGGAGGCUGUAAUUAGUCAUCUUCUAAGGAAAGGUGCAGACCCUCAUGUCAAAGACCAGGAUGGAGCUACUCCACUUCAUUAUGCAGUUCAAGUUGGUGCCAUCCAAACUGUGAAGUUAUUGAUCAAAUACAAGGUUGAUGUCAAUGUUGCAGAUAAUGAAGGGUGGACUCCAUUGCAUGUUGCCAUCCAAAGCAGAAAUAGAUUUAUAGCAAAAGUCUUGUUAGUCAAUGGCGCAGAUAAAAACAGAAGAACUAAGGAUGGAAGAACACCCAUGGAUCUGAAUUUUUGUUACGGAAAAGACUUCAAGUCAUUUGACCUUGCCAAGUUACUGAAGAUAAUGCCAGCUAACAGAGAUUUUUGAUGGAGAUGGUAAUGCCAUAAUGUUGAGAUAGAAUCUUCAGCUGGGAGAAUGUUCAUGGUAUUUGGUGCUAAAACCUUGUCAACAUUCUUGCAUUGUGAUGCGGUGUGAGCCCAUCUUGGAUCUUGAAGUUGCCAUGCGGGCUAAUUCAUCUCGAUUUCCUCUCAUAUCAUGGUGUUGAACGACAUAGGAUCAUGCCUGCUUCACUAAUAAAUGUGGACGGUGUCUUUCCAUAACUGAUUGCAUAUGAUAUUCAUCUCGUUUGUAUCUUGAAGUACAUUAGUGAAAUACAGACCUUAUGAAGAGUUGGGGACAGAUUUGUUUGACAGAUAUGCAACUAAGGGAAGCAAAGCUUGGGCAGGUUAUUAGUGCAGCUAGUGAUUUCUUAUUGUCAAUCUGUUUUAUAUGUAUGGGUUUUGGAGGACAGGGACAGAUGGUGUCUUAUUCAUAUCAAUGUGAUGCCUUGAUCAAGGAAUGCUUAUAGUUAGGAUUAACUCCAUUUGUAGAUCUAAUUACAAGUUACAAGCAAAAUUCAAAAUCGGGUUAAUUUCAAUAUUAUUAUUAUUAUUAUGAUGAGAAA